AUGCCUACAAUGUUAACAGAUGUCUUUAGAGGCCAUCCCAUUCACCUCCCACACUCUCACCAACCUGACUUCUCAUCACUCGGCGAGCUCCCGGAUUCUUACACGUGGACCUCCAAAGACGAUCCCCUCUUCACCGUUGCUCCUUCCCCUCCGGCCGCUGGUGAAAACAUUCCUCUCAUUGACCUGAACCACCCCGAUGCGGCCAACCAAAUCGGUCGUGCAUGUAGAACUUGGGGUGCGUUCCAGAUCAUAAAUCACGGCGUGCCUUUGGAACUUCUCCACGGCAUUGAGUUUCUCACCCGUAGUCUUUUUCAGCUACCUAUCCAACGCAAGCUUAAAGCGGCUCGGUCAGAUACAGGUUUCUCUGGCUACGGCGUCGCUCGUAUCUCAUCUUUCUUUAAUAAGAAAAUGUGGUCCGAAGGCUUCACCAUCACCGGUUCCCCUCUCAACGAUUUCCGUAAACUUUGGCCCCAACUUCACCUUAACUACUGCGACAUCGUUGAACAGUACGAGGAACAAAUGCAAAAGUUGGCAUCGAAGUUGAUGUGGCUAUCACUGAAGUCACUUGGCGUCAGCGAAGAAGACAUUGAAUGGGCCAGUGUCAGUUCAGAACUAAACUGGGCCCAAUCUGCCCUCCAGCUAAAUCACUACCCGGUUUGUCCAGAACCCGACCGGGCUAUGGGUCUAGCCCCUCAUACCGACUCUACCCUCUUAACCAUACUCCACCAGAACAAUACCGCCGGUCUCCAAGUAUUUCGUGAUGAUCUUGGUUGGGUCACUGUGCUACCGGUUCAAGGCUCGCUCGUGGUAAACAUUGGUGACCUUUUCCACAUCCUUUCCAACGGCAUGUUUAAAAAUGUGAUUCACCGCGCUCGAGUUAACCAAACCAGAUCCCGGUUAUCUGUAGCUUUCCUUUGGGGUCCACGGUCUGAUACCAAGAUAUCACCUGUACCAAAACUGGUUGGUCCUGCUGAAGCACCUCUAUACCGAUCGGUCACGUGGACAGAGUAUCUUCGAACAAAAGCAAUUCACUUCAAUAAAGCUCUUUCAAUGAUUAGAAAUCACAUAGAGGAAUAA